GCUAUAAGAGCGUGGUGGAAAGAUUGUGAAAGACAGUAUCAGCAAAGAAAGUUGUAGAUACAUAGUUUGUCUCCUUUGAUACAUUACUUGUGAAUUCCUUGAUAUUAGCAAAGGAAAAAGAAAACCAGUUUUGAAAGGAACUGCGAUUUGCCAUCAAACAAGAUGAGCUGGCUAACGCUGUACUCUCAGCUGACUGGAGUAAACAAACACUCUACCAGUCUAGGGAAGGUCUGGCUCUCUGUACUGCUCUUCUUCCGUAUCAUGAUUCUAAUGCUGGCGGCGGAGAAAGUGUGGGGAGAUGAAAAAUCUGAAUUUUCAUGCAACACGUUGAGCCCUGGUUGCGAAAGUGUCUGCUACGACCAUUACUUCCCCAUCUCACACAUACGCCUGUGGUGCCUUCAGCUGAUCUUCGUGUCCACGCCAGCUUUGCUUGUCGCCAUGUACGUAGCAUACAACAAGAAUGGAAACAAAAGAGUCAUUCUGCGCUCAGGCAAUGAAAACACAGAGGAAGACCUGAAGGCUCUGAAGAAUAAACGUCUGCCCAUCACAGGACCACUCUGGUGGAUCUACUUUUUCAGCCUGCUUCUCCGGCUGCUGUUUGAGGGGGCCUUCAUGUAUGCCCUGUACACCAUCUAUGGUAGCUUCGUCAUCAGUCGAGCUGUGCUGUGCAAUGUAAAGCCCUGUGAAAACCAAGCGAAUUGCUAUAUUUCCCGUCCCACCGAGAAGACCAUCUUCACCAUCUUCAUGGUGGUGUCCUCAUGCCUAUGUAUUUUGCUCAACCUAGCUGAACUCUUCUACCUGAUUGCUAAGGCACUGAUACGGAGCUUCCAGCCGUCCAACAGAAGGCAGGAUUGCAACCAUUUGGCCAGUAGGUGUGAGGAGGCAAUUCCCAUGGAAAAACAGACAUGUCCAAAAUGUUGAAGUAACUCCUUUCCCAUUAGUAUGGAUAGAUAUUUUACUGGUUUAAUUCAGGCUAAUUAAGUAAGUAUUACUAAAGGACACCUUUUGGGAGUUACACUAGAAAUGUUUAAAGUAGCAAAGCCAUUACACAACUUACUUCCACCACCAGGGAUGGAGCAUGCUGCCACCUGGGGCCUAGCCUGGGUAACUUUUGGAGCAUCAUUAUGAAUGCGUCCAUCAACUUCCCAUAUCUGCUUGUAACAUGCAGGGUCAUCCUCUCCUUCACACAGUAUAGUACUGUAUAAACAGACACCCAUAUACAUGCACACAUGGGCAGUUAAUCGAAGAUUUGAGCUGUGGUACCAAAAUAUGUUCAGGAGGGACUCUGGUAUUAAUCUCCUAAAAUGCCCUGUCAAAUUAACAUGUAGUUAUGCACUGUUAGAUAUAUUUAGCAUAUUUAAAAAAAAAUGUGUUUCUUUUUUUUUUAUCAUAUUUUAUACGUAUAACCACAGGUAACAAUAGAUUUGCCUGAGAAUUACACUGUACUUGUUGAUUUUCAAUAUAAUGGUCCAAAUAGUAUGUGAAAUACACCAUUUACUAAUAACCACAAAUUAUAAAGAGAUUUCAUUCAGUGCAACAAAAUGUGAACUUUGAUUUUCAUGUUACUUAACACCGGAGGUUGGAAAAGGACUGAGUCAUCAUGAAGAGAUGCGGCUGAAUGUUGGCCGGUAUCCGGCCCCCCUCCCUCCGCAACUCCAGUUUAGUCAUAAUGUAUUCAUUCUCUUAAAUUAUAUUAAAAAUUAUUAGUUACACAUGGAAAUUAAAUAUUGAGAUAGCAAAAUUAUGCAGAAAAUGUGACUGUUACAACAUGAUGACAUAUAGUUAAUGUAAAUUUUAUUGAUUCAUAAUAUGCAAUUAAAAAACUUUAUUCUGUGGGAACUGAAACUGGGCUAGUGGAACUGUAACCUGCCUGCUCUGGGCAGAUUGUGUAUCCAGCUGCAACUCUUUGGGUACGAGAGUAAUAUCUCAAUGUGGGCUUCCUCCUAGUAUUAUAGUUUUCUGUAACUGAUUAAAUAAACCUGAUUAAAGCAAA